GGUUCAUCCCCUUCUCCCCCUCUUCCCUCUGAGGUUUGACGGUCUGAUCGAUGCUUCUAAGUCUCUGGAUCUAUUUUUGUUCAUCAGUUUAUGUUGUUCAUUAUAUUCCACAAAUGAGUGAGGUCAUGCGAUAUUUAUCUUUCUCGGACUGGCUUAUCUCGCUUAGCAUAAUGCUCCCCAGGUCCCUCCAUACUGUUGCAAAUGGUGAAAUGUCUUUCUUUUUUUACAGCAGUGCAGUACUCCAUUGUGUGGAUGUACCAUAGUUUUUAACCCACUCAUCUGCUGAGGGCACUUAGGCUGUUUCCAAAUCUUAGCUACUGUCAACUGCGCUGCUGUGGACAUAGGAGAGCCUUGACUGUAUGAUACCACCUGAGUGACCUGUAUUUGCAAGCAGCUUUGUCAGCAUCGGACACCAAGGAUUAGAAUAAUGACACGGCAUGGGAAGAGCAAGAAUAACUUUUUGUUCCCAGAAAUGCUGGGUGCUCAAUGCACCACCCCUGAACUCCAGUGGAUGGGAAGGUUCAGGUUCCCAGUUAUUGAAAACGAAUCUGUUAAGUACCCUGUCCGCACAUCUGUCUUUAAAAACAUGAACAUCUGUAGCUACAGUCACAGCUUAAAUAGCUGAAAAAUGGCCCUGUAUAUCGACGCCCUAUGAACCUCUCCUGGCUGUUCAUUUUUACUUGGAUGAUUGGGGUCUAGACUCACUUUCUUAUUAGUCGCUCCCCGUGACAUCAUUGAAUUUGCAUAGUCACGUAAUCAUUUCAGUUAAGAAAGGGAGCUUAGUGCUUCUACUUAGAAAAGUGAUAUCAAAGAAAGCUGUUUGAGACCCAGUAUAUUUCUAGUCAUAAAUAUUUUUUUUCUGAUGUGAAAAAUACAACACAUUCUUUACAAUGGCUGCUUGUGUGAAUAAUGGGAAUUUGGCCAGAUUUAAAUGUCUCUUGUUCGGUAUAGGAAUGUCUUUCCCCCGUGGUGGCUGUUCCCUGUUCCACAUGCUGCUGAGUUGAGGGAGCCCUACGCCCGUGUGCCUGGCCGUCUGCAUUCCCGUGGUGGAGCCCACGGGUGGAGAGCCGUCCCUGCAGCGUGUCCUGCGUGUAGGUUGGAUUUCCUGUGCCCGGAGCUCUGAGCACCUGGUCGCUGCCGCCACCUGCUUCCACCUCCAGCCUCCACGCCGUGCCCAGACCACAGACCCGCCUGGCCCACCCACAAGCCCCCCUUCCUCUCCUUCCCCCCCAGGAUCUCGGGAGCACACGGAGCUUCUGUUAUUUAGACCAUUGGAAUGAAUACUUAUUUGAAGUGUGGAUGCGUUUUGGGGACACCCUGUACAUACCAGUUGAAUCAAUAAAUAUUUAUCUGAACGGAAGGUACAUUUCAAUAUCCAUUUUACAAGUCAACGUAACUGUUCAUGGUAGAACAUAAUUUUGUCCUGUGGAAUAUUAUUAUCCUUCAUGAUUCAGGCGCGUCUGAGCUCCUGCUGGGAGCCAGGCUCUGAGCUGGGACUGGACGAGACGGGAGCCCCGGACGGAGGCCCGGGCCGGACGCCCAGGAGCCGCGCGGGAUCUGUCCUCCCGGAGGAAGCCGCCAGGACCCACGGCUGUUUCCCCUUGAACCCGAUUCAACGUAUAAGGGAAAUCAUAUGGCACUUGGCUAGGUCCAUCCAUGUUAUUGAAAUGCUCGUCCUUGAGACGUGGUCAGACAGCACAGGCGUCUCGGGAAAGUCCUCUGGGGCUUCGCUCCUGGCUCACCAAACGCUGAUGCUCAGCACAGGACACAGGAGCGAGGCCCUCAGGUCCGGAACGAGCCUGGAGCGCAGAGCCCGCCUGGCAUCGCUAGCAUCAUCCCUCGGCAAUUCACCUUCCGGAAAGGCAGUUUGCUUUGGUCCGACCCCCAGGUGGUGCCGAGCGUGGCCAGAGGCUCCGCCUUUCGGCCCAUAGACGCCUGGCACGGACACCGGCCGGACUCUGGUCGCCCAGGGACGGGCCACUCAGCGCGGCCACUUGAGCGGGCGCCGGAGCGCAGAGCCAGCUUAUAGGGGAGCAGCCAGGCCCCGGAGCAGACGCGGCUGAGGUUCGUGGCUCAGACCAGCUGCGGCCACGGGAGCUCCGGUCCUCACGCUCACCUCCGGGCUCAGAAGAGGAGAGAAGAAUGGGCGCGCCGGCCGCCCUGGGCGUCACGCUGGCCGUGGCCUGCAGCCUCCUGUUCUUCCCGGUCCGGAAGGGCCAGGCCCUCGGGGGGAAGUCCAAGGACUCGCACGCGCUCAGCAUUUUGGAGGAGAGCCGGCGCCUGGAGGACGCGGCCACCCACAGCACGAGGGAGAGAAACCUCAAGAAAAGAGACAUCAUUUCUCCAUCUCGGCUCCUGUCUUUUCCCAAACUCCCUGAACCAACAAGCCGAGCUUUUUCCCGAGCGGCAGAGCUCAUGGAGACGUCCGUGUGGGCAACGAGCAGAAGGGUGAACCUGAGGCAGUCACAGCCUCCAACAGAUGCUCUGUCGGGGGAGCUGCUGAGCACCAUGGCCAACGUGUCGGGGUGCCUGCCCCACACGCUGCCCCCGCAGUGUCCGGACACCUGCCUGGCCGACAAGUACCGGCUCAUCACGGGAGCCUGCAACAACAGAGACCAUCCCCGAUGGGGCGCCUCCAACACAGCCCUGGCCCGGUGGCUGCCGCCUGCUUACGAAGAUGGCAUCAGCGAGCCCCGAGGCUGGAACCCCCACUUCUUAUACAACGGGGUUCCCCUGCCCCCGGUCCGGGAGGUGACACGGCAGGUCCUCCACGUUGCCAACGAGGCGGUGCGGGAGGACGGCCAGUACUCGGACAUGCUGGUGGCCUGGGGGCAGUACAUCGCCCACGACAUCGCCUUCACGCCGCAGAGCCCCAGCGCCUGCCCGCGGGCCUGCGAGAACCGGGGCCCCUGCUUCCCCAUCCAGCUCCCCGCCUCCGCCGCCCAGGCCACCGGCGCCUCCUGCCUGCCCUUCUACCGCUCGACGGCGGCCUGCGGCAGCGGGGCCUGGGGCGCCCUGGUGGGCAGCCCGUCCCCGGGGAACCCGCGGCAGCAGGUGAACGGGCUGACCUCCUUCCUGGACGCGUCCACCGUGUACGGCAGCUCCCCGGCCGCCGAGCAGCAGCUGCGGAACCGGACCAGCGCGGAGGGGCUGCUGCGGGUCAACCAGCGCCACAGCGACCAUGGCCGCGCCCACCUGCCCUUCGUCUCGCCCCGCGCGCCCCGGGCCUGUGCCCCCGAGCCCGGCGCCCCGGGCCGCGCGCCCUGCUUCCUGGCGGGGGACAGCCGGGCCAGCGAGGUCCCCGCCCUGACGGCCCUGCACACGCUGUGGCUGCGAGAGCACAACCGCCUGGCGGCCGCGCUCAAGGCCCUCAACCCGCACUGGAGCGCAGACACCGCCUACCAGGAGGCGCGCAAGGUGGUGGGCGCCCUGCACCAGAUCAUCACCUUGCGGGAUUACGUCCCCAAAAUCCUGGGCCCCCAGGCUUUCGGGCAGCACGUGGGCCCCUACGAGGGCUACGACUCCGCCGUGGACCCCACGGUGUCCAACGUGUUCACCACGGCCGCCUUCCGCUUCGGCCACGCCACGGUCAGCCCGCGGGUGCGGCGGCUGGACGCCAACUUCCAGGAGCUCCUGCCCCCCCUGCUGCUGCGCGACGCCUUCUUCAGCCCCUGGAGGGUCCUUGACGAAGGAGGCGUGGACCCCCUGGUGCGGGGCCUCCUGGCCAGGCCGGCCAAGCUGCAGGCGCAGGGCCAGCUGGUGAGCGAGGAGCUGACGGAGAGGCUCUCCGUGCUGGCGCCCGCCGGGACCUUCGACCUGGCGUCGCUGAACCUGCAGCGGGGCCGGGACCACGGGCUGCCAGGGUACAACGCCUGGCGGGAGUUCUGCGGGCUGCCCAGGCUGCACACCCGGGCUGACCUCGGCAGCGUCAUUGCCAACGGCAGCAUUGCCGACCGGAUCAUGCGCCUGUACCAGCACCCGGACAACGUGGACGUCUGGCUGGGCGGCCUGGCUGAGGACCCGCUGCCGGGCGCGCGGACGGGGCCCCUGUUCGCCUGCCUCAUCGGGAGGCAGAUGAAGGCCCUGAGGGACGGCGACCGGUUUUGGUGGGAACACGCCGGGGUGUUCACGGAGGCGCAGAGGCGGGAGCUGGGGACGCACUCCCUGUCGCGGGUCAUCUGUGACAACACGGGCCUCUCCCGCGUGCCCGCCGACGCCUUCCGCGCGGCCACCUUCCCCCAGGACUUCACGCCGUGCGAGGGCGUCCCCGGCCUGAGCCUGGAGGCCUGGAGGGAGGCCCCCCCAGAGGACGCGUGUGGCCCCCUGGAGCGUGUGGCAAACGGGGACUCCGUGCUGUGCGGGCCCCCAGGGCGGCGUGUGCUCGUGUUCUCCUGCCUGCGCGGGUUCCGGCUGCAGGGGCCCCAGCAGCUCGCCUGCUCCCGCCAGGGCCGCGACGACCAGCCCCCCGUGUGCAAAGACAUUAAUGAGUGUGAAGACGAGUGGGGGCCACCCUGCCAGGCGCCCGCCCGGUGCAGGAACACCCAGGGCGGCUUCCGGUGUGAGUGCUCGGAGCCGUACGUGCUGGGAGACGACGGGCGGACCUGUGUAGACUCCGGGAGGCUCCCGAAGGCGUCCUUGGUGUCCAUCGCGCUGGGCGCCCUGCUGGUCUGCGUCCUGGCAGCCGCCACCUGGACGGUGAUUUGCAGGUGGUCCUCGGUGACGGAGCCUGCGUCCCCACAUUGUGAUGACUGUUCCUGGGAAGCUGCUCUGUGACGAUGAGGACGACUCGGCCACGGCCACCAGCCUCCCCUCUGGUGUCUGCAGAGGAGCCAAGGCGGGGAGAUGACCCUCAGGCUCCUCACCACCCGUCAGCGAGCGGAGGGCGGCUCCGUGUGUCGGGGUCACUCCCACUGAGCCCCGUGCCGGCCUCAGGACCAGGGACCCGUCGGUGCCAGCCUCGUGCCCUCUGCUCACGGGGUGGUGUGGGUCCCUGGGGGCUGGACUUCUGCCUCGGACACUGUGCUAACGAACAAGUAAGAAGCCAGCACCACCCCCCCUCCCGCCCACGGGUCCCGGAGUAACCACGCGUCGUGGCUCGGAGUCCUCAGCGUGUAACUGGGCCACGCGUGGCCAUCAGGGGUAACAGCUCCGUGAGCAGCCCUGGAGGUCACCCUGGUGGUCACCGUGCCGCCCUUGGCUGGCGGAGGGAUCCUCGGGUGCCCGCGUGGAGGGAAUUGGCGCCACAGCAAAUUAAGGUUCAAAGAGAGGUGACCACACAGUCACAGGCGACCCUGUGGCAGCCGCUGGCCGCUCAGUGGACAAACUGCCCCCAGAGCCCAAUGUCCACGUGGGCUGCUGUCCUCAUAAACCCAUUCGGGACGCAUGCACUGUCCAGGGGGAGGACCGAGGCUGGGUGUCCCGGGACAAGACUGGCCUUCCCUUCAUGACACAGGCAGGCGGCGCCACCUGGUGGCCGAUGUGGGGAGCGCAGGCAUGGCCGGGGCAUCCUGACCCAGGGCCUGACCUCCUGCCCAUCAUGUCCCCUCCUGUCCCCACCGGCCUCUUCCCGGAGACACGGCGCCACCUUGUCACUCAGCCGCCAGCCCCUCCGGGUCCGGCCGGUUCACGGCUGUCAGCGCCAGGAGAGUCCUCUGUGACGAGAGGAUACCGUUACCAUAUGCACAGGGUCCGACACUGAGAUUGAAAGGAAAACAAGGAUCAGUCCGUGAAACAUUUAAGCUGCUGGAUGAUUUAGCUUUAACACAACUGCCGAUAGAGUUUAUGUCUGUCUUUUUUUAGACGCCUCUAGGGCCUAACGGUCAAAUUUUGUUUUAACGGAAUAUUCUUUAAAUCGUUUUGAAUUUGUUUUUAAUUUGGAGAAAGAACAGUCUGGAUCUGUGGACGCAGCAACACAAAUUGUGAAAAACAAAAGUAAAGGUCUUAUUAAAAAUGGCAUCAUUAACUUUUUCUCACCACAGUCGUCUGAGAGCUUUCACUUCUGUUCGCAUUUCACGUGGUUGUACCUUGUGGUGGAGAAAAGAGCAUUAUUAAAGCGUCAUCCCUUUAGAAAGAAAAAGAUGACUGUGCACGUUCUGCAUU